AGCUAAAGACUAAGAAUAGAGAAAGUAUUUAUAAGUUAUGGCCCUUGAUCUUAUAAGAUAUAAGCUGGUGAGCUAGAGUGGCAAUUCACAAAACUUCAGCUACCUUUCCUCUUCUUGCGGUAGGAUUCACAAUAUGGAUUUGGCUUCUUCUUUUGUUUUCUUUCUUCUAUCUCUUCUUCUGAUCUUAGUUCAGGCAAAGGGCAAAAAUGAUUCAACUUGUCCAAAGUUCUUUUCAUGUGGAAAUCUUACUGACCUGAGCUUUCCUUUAUCUCUUUCCACACAACCUGACUGUGGAAUAAUGCCUAUGUCUGGUUGUGAGGCUAAACCAUUUCCAAGAAUCCAACUGCUUCCUGGAGGAGAUUGGUACUAUGCUUUACACACAGAGUAUAGUUAUACAGUUCAUCUCAUGGACCCUAAGCUUGAAACAACGUUGAGCCAACACGAUUGCCAGGCUUUUAACAAAAAUAUCUCCCUUCCAGACUCUCCUUCUAUUUCUUUCAAACUCCUUCCAGUGAAUAUUGUCAGCUUCUUCAAAUGCAACAGCACUAGUAGUAACAACCCAUACAUUACUCAGAAGAUGAAAGAUCAUUUUAAUGGUUAUGGUUCGUACGAUGGCUGUGAUGGCUUCACCAUAUACUACAAGCUUGAUGAAGGUGAUGAUGAAGACAUUCUAGCAGGCAAUCUUACUGCCAACUGUUCACUUAUUAGAUUGCCAUAUUACCCAACAGGAUACGAUGAUAAUUUUUUCAACUCGUUGAGUCCUGAAUUUCUAGUAGAAUGGAAACUAUCUGAUGACUGUUACAAAUGUCACUAUGGUGGAGGUCGAUGCCAGAUUGAUAAAAACAACAACUUUCUUUGUUACAAAGAUGCAAAAGCGACUAGAAGCAAGCUGGGACUGAUUCUUGGAGCAGUUUUUGGUGGAGUAUUGGUGAUGAUUACUUGUUUAGCUAUCUACUUUGUCUGGUGUUACAAGAAGAGGAAAUUUAGUCUAUCCCGCUUCCUCUCAACAAAGAAAUUCUCGGACAUUUUUAAACAUGAUGUUGAGGGAGGCAGUAUAUACUUUGGUGUCCCAGUCUUCUCUUAUUCAGAACUUGAAGAAGCCACAAAUGAUUUCAAUUCCUCUAGAGUCCUAGGAGAUGGAGGUUUCGGAACUGUUUACUAUGGAAAACUUAAGGAUGGACGAGAGGUCGCUGUAAAGAGCCUCUACGAGCACAACUGCAAGCGAAUGCAGCAGUUUGUCAAUGAAAUUGAGAUCCUUACUAUGCUACGGCACAACAAUUUUGUCACCCUCUAUGGCUGCACUUCAAGGCGAAGCCGUGAACUACUCCUUGUCUAUGAAUUUAUUUCUAAUGGAACUCUUGCUGAUCACCUCCAUGGUGACAAAGUGAAGGACAGAUCACUAGCGUGGCCAAUCCGCAUGAACAUUGCCAUAGAAACUGCUGGUGCAUUGACUUAUCUGCAUGCUUCUGACAUAAUACACUGUGAUGUCAAGACUAAUAACAUACUCCUUGAUCAGAAUUUCAGUGUUAAAGUUGCAGAUUUUGGGAUUUCAAGGCUCUUCCCAAAUGAUUUCUCUCAUAUUUCAACUGCACCCCGGGGUACCCCUGGUUAUAUUGAUCCAAAGUAUCACGAAUGUUACCAGUUGACUAGUAAAAGCGAUGUUUAUAGCUUUGGAGUGGUCCUUGUUGAACUCAUUUCAUCAAUGCCAGCUGUGGAUAUGGAUAGGAAUAGCCAAGAGAUUAAUUUGGCUAACUUUGCAAUAAACAAGAUCGUAAAAUGUGCAUUUCACGAGUUGAUCGAUCCAUCCCUGGGGUUCGAUUCAGAUACGAAGAUUUGGGAAAUGACUACUUCAGUUGCAGAGCUGGCUUUUUUGUGCUUGCAGACAGAUAGGGACAUGAGACCUACUAUGGUUGAAGUUUUGGAUGCUCUAAAGGAGAUUCAGGCUAGUGAAUUUGACAAUGAGAAGAGAGCUGAGUAUGAGAAGAGAGCUGAGUCUAAUCUCAAUAUUAGUGAAACUAAAAUAGUAGCAGCUCCUUCUCCAAAUUCUGUGACUGAUAAAUGGAUGACUUGCUCUGAUAUAACUAGUACAAAGUAGUUGAAGUUCUAUACCCUCUUUCUUUGUUAUUGAUGUAAAUUUUGAGAGACUAUGAAUGUACUACCGUGAGAAGUUUCUUAUGCAUCUAUGAGUGGAAGUGAUUCAAUUUUUAGUUCCAUUGUACAAUUCAAGUUAUAAACACUUGCAGUGUGAAGGAAUUCUACUC